AUGCUGCGCACCAUGGCAUCGGACCACGACGACAGGUCCAACACCUCGCUUCGCACGCCUCUGUUUCGACGACCCAGCAACGUCUCGCCCUCGUCCUCACAGUUUACCUCGCAGCUUGACUCGAAACAUGCCUAUCUGUCCCCCGAAGAGAGACGCUACCACGCCGAAGCGGCUUGGUCUGACGCGUCGAUAUCCCCGCUUUCGAGCAACGCCGUCUCGCCCAACGUCAACUAUGAUCGUGAGCUUCCUCAACUGCCGCCUGAUGCGCUCGGCGAGAUCAACACCAACCGGCUCGCCUCGCGCGAUCUUCCGCGCACCGACGACGAGGUGGGAUUCCGGCAUGUCCCCGAGUAUGGUCCCUCGUCCCCUUCCAACUUCAAGAGCGACAUGAGCAGCAAAUCAUCCGCAGCUCUCCGUUUUGCGAGCGCCUCCACCUCGGCCGCCGUCUCUGCAGCAGGCGUCGGUCUCAAGAAGCUCGGCAAGAAGGCGUCCGCGGCACGUCUGCGUCGAGCCAACACCAGCCAGGGAGCUGCAGAGCGCGAUGCAAGCUAUGCAGCCAUGCGCGAUGCAUACUCGCCUCACAGCGCUACAUGUGAGACGCCAUCGGACGACUCGUGGACGCGUCCCGGCUUCACUGUGGCAUCUGGCUCUCAACAUCCUCGCAGCCACAGUCGCAAUCCCAGCAACGCUGAAGCUGCAUUGUAUGCCUUCGUGGACCACGCCGAUCCCGCCAUCGGCCUACCCUACGACGUCGCGCAUAAUGUCCACGUCGAUAUCGGCCCGCAAGGCUACACAGGACUGCCGGCGUCCUGGGCGAGCAUAUUGCUGUCCGAAGGUAUGGACAAUCGAGAUGUUCACGCUGAUCCCAGCGCAGCAGCCAGGCUCAUCAUGGACAAGACCGAAUUCUAUGUCCAGCGGGCCGUACACAGCGGUGGCGACGCCGACGACACGCGCCGCGUUCUGUCCCAGAGACUUGCCCAAGAUCCAGUCCUCAGCGCGGCGGUGGCGUCCAACGCUCAUCUGUGGCCAGCCGGAGCACGGCGUGGUAGCGACCAUUCCAGAGCCAGCACCUCCUACAGCAGCGUUCUCGAAGCAGGGUGGGACCUCAGCGCGCCGCGAAAGACACCAUCCUCGGACGAGGCCUCCUCUCUACCGUCCAAGAGUCCCUUGCUGCCUGACUUUGCUGCCGAAGAUUACGACGACUGGGCCACCUCGCUUCUCAGCUCCAUCCCUUCAGCCGCCAACGACAAGCAAAGCAACCCAGCGAAGGGAUCUCAGAAGAGCACAGAACCGGUGUCACGUCGGCAAGACGGCUUGUCCGCACAACAAGGUGAGGAGAGCUCGCUCAACGGCCUUGGCAUCGGUAUGUCUGCCCACGACACUCCCAAAUACACGGUCCAACGCGACCGCGUCCCAUCUCAUGCCACCCCCAAGGCAUCUCAACGCAUGCGAGCAGCCAUCGGCAUGGAUCCAGGUUCCGACCGAGGUCAAUCUGGCCGCACACUCCUCGAUCAAGGGCAGCAGAGGCUUGACGAAAGCCCUGACAUGGCCAAAAGAGCCAGCAUGGAUCUGCACGACGAUUUCGAAACUGUUCAGAUCGCUCAGGCUGCCGUCGUCACCAAGAGUGUCUUCAGACCAGUUCGGGCAAGCCAGCUCGGUGCACGCAAGGUGUCUCCUUCCGCAGCUUCGCUGGACUUCGGCAUCUCGCAACUGAGUCCGAGCGCAAGCGGCGAUGCCAUCGAGACGCAUGGCCGCGUUCAACGCUCGCCGCAUCCUCCUAGCGCUUCUCGUUCGCCCUCCUUUCGGGCGGACAUGAACACGUCUCGCUGUGGCUCCGCCGACUCGUACGCGUCCGCUCGGUCCCGUCCGGACGUGUACGCUCGAGAGAGGAGUGGCUCGAAUGCACCUCUGCCUCGCAUCCACACGGAGAAUGUCUCGACCGUUCUCGAACGGGCUGUUACCAGCUCGCCCCUCGAUACCAGCUCGUCCGGUCACUCGUCGAUGCGCACAAGAAGCCCAGCUCCUACCAUCGCCACCUCCUCACUGGGUCACGGCCACGGCAACAAUCCUGGACCCGUGCCUCAUAGCUCACCGUCACCGAGCCUAUCCGUCCGAGAUUCCGUGUUGCCUGCCGUGCCCCCCAAAGAUAUUGAUUGGCGCGCACGCUCCCCGGCACUGUCCGUCACCGCUUCCGAGCCCGAAGUGGCUGUAGCUUCGCCCGCGGGAGCACAGACUGCGUGGCGGUUCGCAAAGAAGGGCCCUUCGUCCCUCGAUGGCGGCCACACCGCUGGUCAGGGUCACCGGGCGCAGGAGAGCUGGGCGAGCGCGGCACCUUCGAUCACCACCUCCGAGGGCAGGAAUAGCGUGACGACAGGUCUUGGACUGCGAGAUCGCCGUCAGGCUCCACCACGCAUAUAUCCUCCUUCGUCCUCGACUCGAUGGGCACACAUCGCCCUACGAGACGAUGCCUGCAGUCCCGGUGCGUCCUCAGUCUCGAGCAGACGUACGCAACAGUCGCCCGUGCAGGGCCCGAUCUCCAGAAAGACAUCCGCGGACAGCCUGUCUCGACCGGAGCGCAGUCCCCUAAGCAGCCACUCGCACGGCUCAGCAUCCCGCGAAUACGGUGUCUCCUCACUGAAAGGCCACGGACCAUCACACUCGCAGCAGCAAACGGUGGAGUCCCACAGGCGUGAGGCGGACGGCAUAAUCACUUCGAGUGAAAUUCACACUUCCGCACGCGACUCUACGGGACCGCCGCCGCCGCCACCUCCUAAGCCCACGGUGGUGAUACGAAAGCAGCCAGAGUACAUAUCUCCAGGAGCAGAUGGAUUCUACACGAUACCCCCCUUGCCCGCUGCGUCCACCAACGGUACUGCUGCUACUACCUCCGAUCGGCUGCGACCACCGUUCCUGUCACCUGCGCUUUCCCCGGGAUCUCCAGCCUCCCCGGCGUCUCCGGCAUCCCCAGCGUCGUCAGGUGGAGCAUCGGACUAUUAUUCUGCCAUCGACCAGUGGAUGCGAGACGACUAUCUGGAUCGAUCGCCAUCGAUGUCGACAAUGGCCGACGCAUCACCCAAUCCUUCAGAUGGCAGCCGCGGAUCGCCUUUGCUGCCAUUGCCCAAGGAGCAGGAGGGGGCUGACAAUUUCUCACAUGCGUCGCCUCGUUUGCACGAGGCUGAGUUUAUCCAUGCUCUACGGUCACCAAAGGAGCAGCUCCCACCGAUUCCCUCCAAGGAUUCACUGGACCGCUUUGCGAAUGCGCCGCCAGCAUCGGAACAGGUGCCUCGGCUUGCAUCUGCAGCGCCGCCUCGCCUUGAGCUGAGCAAGACAUUCUCUACUUUCUCCAGCUUCGAAGCAGAGUAUCCCUCGCCUUCGUCGCCUGGCGACGCUUUCGAGACGCUCGACGACGUGACGUCGCACCGAGCUUUCGCAUCUCGCAAGGAUGGCGAAGCUGCUUCGUCGCCCAAUCGCCGCCGUGACAAGAAGGGGCGAAGCAAAGGGACCUGUCCGCACGCUCGAGAACGCGACGACACCAGAUCCAUCAUCUCGAUCGGACCACGUGCCCAAGAGGAUGCCGGGCGCUUCCCGGUCUCGAUGCACUAUGCUAGUGGUUUCGAGACGGCAUCGAUGAUGGGCGACGAUUCGGAAGCGAUCCAGUCGUUCCGCGAAUUGAUGCUAGCGCGUCAGUCCAUGGACUUGGAGGAAAUGAUGCCGAUGCAGAUAGGAUCGGACGAAGCACCGCCGGUCCCGGCGUUGCCGAGCAAGGCAGAGCUCGAAGCGAAAGUUGCAGCCGUCAAUCUAAUGCGCACAAUAGAUGCGGAGCAGCGUGGACGACCAACGAGAAGCCCGGUUCCGGGCGGUGACAGUGGCUCAGCAUCGCCGAGACUCGGCAAGCAGGAUUUCAGCACCAUGGCAGUCGCUCUCCCACCCAAAUUGGCUCAUCUGCGCGAAGCCAUCGAACUGAAGCCGCUGCAACAGAACGUGCUGCAGGACAUGCAAAUGAUUGGCGAAGGCGAGAGCGGGCCCGUCUUUGCCGCUAAUGAUGUCCUCAAGAGGCGGCGAGUGGCCAUCAAAAGCAUCCGGUUCACCACCGAUCCCGACGCGGAGCCUUCCGCGCGUCUUUUGGGCUUGGUGAAAGAAGUCAGUGUUUGGCGACGCUGCCGUCACGUCAACAUCCUCGACCUCUAUUCGACCGUCCUCACGGACAACGCGAUCUGGUUGGUGCACGAGCUGGCAGACAGGAGCCUGGCCGACCUAAUCGCGCUGAAGGACGACGGCGUGGUGCUCAAGGAACCCGAAAUGAGCCGCGUUCUGUGUGACAUGGUCGAGGGGCUGCAGUUCCUGCACAGCAAGAGCAUAACGCAUCACGACGUCCGCAGUGACAAUGUCAUGAUCUCGAGCACGGGCGUGUGCAAGCUGAGCGACUUUACGCAUGCCGCCGAACUCAGCGCUGGGGUCCGCUCGCGUCACUCGGUGAUCGGCACGCCGUACUGGAUGGCUCCCGAAGUGAUCAAGGGCAAGAGCUACGGCAUCACCACGCCCAGUGACGUGUGGUCGUUGGGCGUGGUGCUGUGGGAGAUGAUCGAAGGUCAGCCUCCGAGAGUCGAAUUCCCACCGCUGCGGGCCAUCAUGUUGACAGCAGAGAAAGGAUUGCCGGCAUUGCGCGAUCCGGGCUCGCUCUCGCACGAGCUCAAGUUGUUCUUGCACUGGGCGACGGAGAUGGAUGCGAACAAAAGACCGACCGCCGAGACGCUGGCGAUGAGCGACUUCCUGGCGGAUCCAUGCAGCCGUGCGAGCAUUGUCGCGUUGCUGGAGAAAGCGCGAACGGUCGAGAUGGAAGCAUCAGCAGGAGAAGAGGAGGCCGAAACGGACGGAGAGCGAAGAGACGGUGACUCUGGCACCCAUGGCUUGCGACGCAGGGGGAGUUGGAGCAGUGAUUCCACGACGAAGGGGUGA